CCGAGGAGGACGCGAUUCUUUCUUUGAGAUGGUCGGACGGAGCCUCUCGAUCUGUGAGUUCGCCGCUUUGCUGGAUGCUGCUGGUGGUAUGGUAGACGGUAGACCACUGGGCCGAAUCAACAGAGGCAGAAGGAGCUACAGGCAGAAUCUCACGCACCAUGGACUCGUUGCCAUUCUGAAGAUAAAUGACAUGCAGAAUUCGGAAGAUAGAGCACCGAUGUCCAAAAUCCUUACAACAGCACGUUCAAAUUCUCUAUCUUUACACCAGGAGGACUAUAAAUUUCGGACCAACACAGGGCUCCCUCCAUUCCAUCCACACGAACCAGCCCAAACGCCUACGGCGGCCAUAGCAACCCAACGCAAGAGAUCGAUGGCGUCCUGCAAGCUCGUCGCCCUUCUCUUCGCCUUGGCCGCGGUGGCGUCGGCGACGGCGGUGCAGCCGUCCGAAGCGAGGAUCCAAGGACUCGAGCGCCGCCAAGAUGCCGGGGGAGACCAAAUGCUGCGCCCCUCGACGUUCCACAGCACCGCGCCGCCGCCGAGGUCGCCCGGCGUAGUCCCACUCCCACCCCAGCCCGCCACGGGAAGCGCCCCGCCGCCGCCGCCGCCGCCGCUGACGGAGUGCAUGACGCCGCUGAUCGGCAUGGUGCCGUGUAUGGACUACCUCACCAACCUCACCGUGCUGACGCCCCCGGCCGCGUGCUGCGACGGCCUCAAGGCGGUCAUCCGCGGCGCCCCCAUCUGCCUCUGCCACGGCAUGAACGGCGGCAUGAACAGCCUCAUGCCCCGGCCCAUCGACCCCCUCCGGAUGGUCGUCCUCCCGCUCACCUGCGGCGCCAUGCUUCCGCUCGAGACGCUCCUCUCCUGCAACACGCAACACGUGCCGCCGAUAAUGCCACCGAUGCCGGCGCCGGCGACGGCCGAUGCUCGUGCAGCGUCACCAUGAUCAGGUAGUAUAUAUGUCGGAGAGUAGCAACUAGCAAGAGGAUGCAU